ACACGUCUAGAAAACCGCGUUUGCCGCCAACGCCUGAUUUGACCACACUGUCCCAGCAGCUGAUCGAUCAAACAAAAAGAGGAAACACGAAAAAAAAAGGAAUCGAAGGAAAAAAAUGCGCUGCCUUUAGAAACAGAAAGUUAAUUAUUGAUUAUCUCGCGAAAUGGACAAAAAUCUGGAUGAGGUCAAAGGCAUCGUACAAAAGAAGUUCAAUGAAAUCCGGGCGGCGCUCCAUAUGCGCGAGAAGCUGCUGCUGCGGCAACUGGAGGUCAUAGCCAACACUCGGAAGCAGCAGCAGCUGGUAAAGGAGAGCUCCCAUCCGGAGAAGGAGCAAACUGGCGUCAGGUUCGUCGCUGGCGAGGGAGGCGCCGACGAUGACGAUGAGGUGGAGGAGAAGCUGCUAACGGCCAUUCGGAGCUUUGGUCACUUCCUGCUGGACAACAGUGACAUGCAACUGGCGCUGCAGGAUUAUCGCACUACGGGCCUGCGGAAUGAAGACUACAUUGAGCCCCUCGACGACCACGAGACGAUGUACAAGUGCCUGCAGGACGGGAAUGUAGCAUACUACGAUCUGGAUGAAGACGGGGCCCCGCCAGAGGCCAUUGUUGUGGAUUUUUCGCGUAAUCGAACUCUCGUGGAGGACAAUGCGAAGAGGUCCAUUAUAAAUAUUACACUGCAGGAGGCCAAGGAGCUGAUAAGGAAGGCCAAGAUCAAGAGGGAAACCUAUGUGCCGCCUUUGAACUUGGAGGAGUUGGACGAUGAACUGGAGUCAUCCAUUGCCGAGGCCGUGUCGAGUUUGGGCCGCGAAACCUCAGUCAAGUCCAAGGGCAGUGUCCAGGAGCCGCAAAAGAAGACCCGAAAGCAGCGCUUCAAGCCAAAGAUCACCAUCAACAAUUGCAAUGGAACCAUUAAUUUGCGCAACAUUGCCAGCCUGACCAUCAAUUGCGCCAAUGAAGAGGCCGUUAGCGCUGAGAUACCACUGGCCAAAUCCGCUGAUUCCAGCAUCACCACCGAACCAUCCAACUCGAACUCCACACCCACCACCACCGCCUCCAGUUCGAACUAUUCCAGCAAUGCCAGUUCGCGUUCGCAGUCCAAGAAGCAAAAGGCAGCCACCAAAAAGCAGGAACGGAUUGAGCGAGAACCCAGCUCGGAGUCCACACCCACACCGGGUCAGAGCCAACGCUACGAGGAGACAGACAUUCGCGACGUGACCUGUGACUUCUACAACCGUCUACUCAAUGAAAUCAAGAAGAGCAUGGUGGAGAAGCCGCGCAGAACAUACCACCAAGUGGCCGCGGAGACCGUUCAGGCUGCCGCUGCCGAUUCCAGUUGCGAUGCCAACUCCAAUCCUCAGGAGUCCGUACCUUCCAAACAGGAGCCAGUCUCCACCACUACCACAACCAUUACGCAGAGCAGCGAGUCCAUGGGUCCUCAGCUGCAGCCCGGCAAGCGGCUGAUCCUGAAGAACUUUGAGAAUCUUAAAAUCAUACUGGAGGCCAACAGCGGUGACGAGGACUCCUUCCAUCCCGUGCAGAUCGAGCAGUGGCUGGCCGAGAUUAUCUCAGAAACAGACCUGGAGCCCAUGCAGAACACGGACAUCCUGGAGCACAGUCGCAUCCAUAGCAGUGAGAGUCCCUAAAAAGUAUGGAGAUUGCGAACAAAUGAGAUUCCAACCUAAAUUAUCCUUAAUGCACUCAGUAUUUGAUCUUUUUUAUAAUUGUAACUUAGCUUUAGUUACCUUAAUUGUUUAUAACUUUACGCUUUUUAAUUUAAGCUAUUAAUUUAGAAUUUUUAGUUUAAGUUAGCUCAAAACCCGAACUCUCGAAAGACAUUCUAAACCAAUUUGGCGGAAUGGGAGCUAUAGAGGAUAAUCUAUACCAUAUAUUUCGUAGAAUCGAAAUUGUUUAAAGUUUAUUUUUCAAUGAAUUGAAAUGAUUAAGAGAUUAUUAAUGAUUACCUAUGAAA